CUAAAUCAAUAUCACCCAGUGACGUCACGGCUAAUGCGCCAUGACGGUUUCUGGGUGAAAAUAUACCACAUCUAUCCGAAAGAAUUUUAAAGUAGCAAAAAUAUUCCAUUGGUAAUAGUUAAAAAGGUAUAGACGUGUUUAAAUAAUUAAAAAUGAGCGGAAGAGUCGGUGAUCUCAGCGACGAACAACUCGCCGUUUUGGAUGAAUUUCGAGGAACUAUGGAUGAUAUUUUACGACCCCAUCAUGAUGAUUACUUCCUUUCUCGUUGGCUUCGUGCAAAAAAUUAUAAUUUGACUGAAGCAGUGAAUAUGCUAAGAACUAGUCUACAAUGGAGAAAUCAAAUGAAAGCUGACACAUUAAUAGAUGAAUAUGAUCCACCAGAGGUUCUUUUAAAAUAUUUUCCUGGUGGAUUAAUUGGUCAUGACAAAGAAGGUUGUCCUCUUUGGAUAAUCCCAUUUGGAAACAUGGAUAUUAAAGGAUUAUUUUAUUCUGUGAAGAAAUCAGAGUUUAUUAAAUACGUUGUCAAACUGAUGGAAGUCAGUGAACAGGAAAUGAGAGAUCAGAGUGAAAGAUUGGGAAAAGUUGUUGAAACUCAUAGCAUUAUAUUUGAUUUGGAAAAUCUCACUAUGAAGCAAGUUGCUUGGAAACCUGCUAUUGAUAUGAUAACUCAACUGGUAAAAUUAUUUGAAGAUAACUAUCCAGAGAGAUUGAAGAAAGCCUAUGUUUUAAACCCAUCCAGGAAUUUUGUGAUUAGGGAUAACUUAAUCAAAUGAUCAAUAAUGGCAAAAAAAAUUCAUGUUUAUAUGAAAGAAACUUGGAAGCCAGCAUUAUUAGAAGAUAUAGACAGUGAUGUCUUACCAACUUAUUGGGGUGGAAGCAGAACAGAUGAUGAUGAUGAUCCAAAAGUUUCAUCUAUUAUCUGUCAAGGUGGUGCAGUUCCUUGUUCCUCAUAUACAGCACCUAGUCGUCGUCUUUCCAUUGAUCAGAAUAUGACAGCAGCUGUAGUUGAGAAAAAAACACAACUGCCAAUAGAAUUUCAAGUAACAGAACCUGGUUCGGUUCUUCAAUGGGAAUUUCAGACUGAAGAUUACGAUAUUGGAUUUGGAGUAUAUUGCAAAUCUGAAAAUGGAGAACAGAAAGAACUCAUUCCCAUUCAACGUGUAAAUUGUCACUUAGUCCCUGAAGAUGGUAUGGUUGUAUGUGAUACAGCAGGAACAUAUAUUUUGAAAUUCGAUAACUCAUUCAGCUGGUGUCGUCGAAAGAGGCUCAUGUAUCGAGUUGAGGUUAUGCCACCUACUAAAAAAGAAGAAAUGAAAGAGAUAACCCAAAAUAGUGAAAAUAUUCCAGUAUAAUUAGUCCAAACUUAAAGGAUGCAGAUUUGCCACUUUAUAAAUUGCAUCCAAUUUCAUUAAUGUGCCCUAAUUAAUUGUUCUAAUCUUACUCUAUACAAGUUAAUUUGAAUAUUUAAAUCCAAAAUUUUGUCAAAUUGGCAUUGAGAGAAAUUUCAUUAUGUAAUUAUAUGUGCUAUAAGGAGUGAGAUUGUUUAUAAAUUUAAACUAUUUCUUUCUAUCAAAGAUAUCUAUAAUGUGACGGUAAAAUCAUAUACAUAUAUAUACAUAUAUAUUUUUAUUAAGAAUUUUUAAUUAUUUCCCUUCAAAAAUAUGCAUCCAAAUGAUUAUGAAUUUAGCCAUUUAACAAAAUGGCAAAUAUGCAGUAAAAUUCCAUAUCAGUAGCAUCUAUCUAAUUGUUGAAUGUUUUAUCAAUUAUCCAUAAAAUGUUCUUAAUAGUUGUAAAAAUUUUAUUAUUCCUUCCUAAAUAAAUAAAUAUAAACAAGUUAUAGAAUAUUAAAAUCCACAUAGAAAAUGCAUUAACCCCUCAAUGCAUUUUGUUCCAAAAAUCACUUUGAUAUUACUUUAUAGUGAUUUGAGAGAAAAUGAAAAAUAUUUUAUCUUAAUAGUUUACAAAAUGUUAUUAUAGACUAUUUAUAAAUAUUUUUAAUUAAUAUAUUGGCAUAUUUAAAUGAUGACUGGCCAAAUUUAAUACGUAAGAAGAAAAACUGCAGUUACUAUGUUAAAUUCAUGUAGUGAAUUUCAAAUAUUAAAAUUGUUAGAUAAACUCACAUGCUUGAGGGGUUAAAACUCACUUCUAAAGCAUUUGUUGUUGUUCAGUGUAUUCAAAUGCACAAGAAUCAUAAGUUUUGACAACACAACUGAUUAAUCCAAGUUAAAUUAAAACAAUAAACUAAAUCUUAAUAGUUAUUUAUAAAAAAAGUUAUUUUCUAUAGCUCUCAUAUAGAUCAGGUAAUAUUAUUUAACAUAGAUUUAAAGUAAUGUGAUUAGAUUUUUCUUACUGUAUCUUGUGUUGUUUUUCUUUUACAUAUUUGAAACCAAAAUUCUGAAUAAGUUGGCAUUGGAGGUGUUUUUACAUACAUAUAUAAAUAUUGAUAUAU